UGUGUGUGUGUGCACAAGGGGAUGGGUCACAUAGAGACCUUCAUGUCUCGAGUGUGGAGUUUUUCCGGGCGGGGGGGGUUUGCGCAAAGCGAAAGUGAGGCGGCGACAGACAGCGGGAAGUUGAAGAUCCGGCUUUAUUUACAGAUCAGUUGUCAAAAGGAGCCGUUUAAGGGGAAUGCACCCGUUCCUGCGCCGUGACAGGCGGGGUGAGCAAAAGGCAAGCACGAACCUGAGUGCGAGAUAGUCAAACACAGACUUUUUUUUUUUUUUUUCCUUCUGUUGAAGACACACAGAGCAGAGGGUGGCGAGGGAGGCGAGUGGGUGUUAAGUGACUUCAUUUGUAGUCUAUUUAAGGUAUGUUUUACGUGUCCUCGUGCUGCUCCUCCAUCACCUAAUACAGCCUCCGUCUUCCACUUUCAGCAAGCCAGCGCAUUAUUUCCCCUUUUUUUUAACACGGAUGGUUUUCUCUGCCGCGGCCCGAAUCGGUCUGUGAUUCCAGCCCUUCUGACGAAGAGGCGAUAAGAGAGCGGCGUUCUUAUCGUGGCCGCAAGUAGGCACACGUUAUUCAACAUCCGCGUCCUGCUCUUUUCACAUCCUUUCUUGCUUUAUUGCACUCUUUUCAAAGUUGUCUGACUGCAGGGCGUGGACUCCUGGCCACCAUUUUUGUGUCAUUAGAAGGCUUUGUUUGAUUGAAAUAAAGGUGUUCCGCCCUCUGUUCAAAUGAUAGCAAAUCCAGGAUAUCACGUCUUGGCUGCAGAUACCCUUAUCCUGUUCCAGGUGGCAAUAAAUAGCAAAACAAGUCCUCACACAAACUUUGACCUGAUAAUUGCACUUUUCAUGCCAUCAGCUCUUUCUGCACUAUAAAUCGUUUUAAAAGUUGAGCAAUAUUUGUUAUCUCCCAACCGGAAUCUUGACAACAGCCGAGUGCCGUUCUACCGCUAAUGAGACAUCGCACUCCCGUGCCGAAUCUAAAACAAUAUUUUUGUCCUUUUUCCCCCGCGUGAUGUUUUUAAAGCAAACACGUUAAAUUUGGCGUUAACAAGACGCAGCGCAUAAGAGACAAACACGGGCUUGUUUAGACUCCUGACAGUGACAUUCAAAACGUAUCAUCCCCGCAGGACUGUGCAGAUACACCAGAUGACCGGGACAGCUCAUAUGCUUCAGGAUUGAUAUUGCAAUGUGAAAAGUGACCCUCAUGUAGGAGAGAAACUAGAAAUUCCCCACCGCAGACUAGCUGAGAGCCUUCAAAUCUAACAGGCCGGUGUCAAUGAGCACUGCCUUUUUUAACUAUAAAAAAACCCCUCAAACUGAUAGACCCAGGAGGUUGAAAUAGGAGAGCCAGCAGGCAUUGGUGUGUCCUUACACACACACUACACACAGGGCACAAAGCACUUGUUAUCACUGGUAACAGCAGCACAAAACAGUUGAUGGCUAGUGUUGUGUACCACAGUGUUUUUCAACCUUUUUUGAGCCAGGGCACGUUUUUUGCGUUGAAAAAAAUGCGGAGGCACACCACCAGCAGAAAUCAUUAAAAAACGAAACUCAGUUGACAGUAAAAGUUGUUGUCGCAAUUGUUGGAUAUGACUUUAAACCAUAACCAAGCAUAGCUCUUGUCUCAAAGUAGGUCUACUGUCACAUCACGCCGUGACUUAUUUUGAGUUGUUUUGCUGUUUUCCUGUAUGUAGUGUUUUAGUUCUUGUCUUGCGCUCCUAUUUUGGGGGCGUUUUCUCUUUUUUUGGUAUUUUGGUGUAGCAGUUUCAUGUCUUCCUUUGAGCGAUAUGUCCCGCAUCUACUUUGUUUUAGCAAUCAAGAAGAUUUUAGUUGUUUUUAUCCUUCUUUGUGGAGACAUUGUUGAUUGUCAUGUCAUGUUCGGAUGUACUUUGUGGACGCCGUCUGCUGCUCCACAGUAAGUCUUUGCUGUCGUCCAGCAUUCUGUUUUUCUUUACUUUGCAGCCAGUUCAGUUUUAGUUUCGUUCUGCAUACCCUUCCCUAAGCUUCAAUGCCUUUUCUUAGGGGCACGCACCUUUUGUUUAGUUUUGGUUUAAGCAUUAGAUCCCUUUUGACCUGCUGUUACCGACAUCUACUAAGCUAUUAGCUACUGGCUGCCACCUACUGAUAUGGAAGAGUAUUACACUAGACAGCACCAACACUCAGCAACAACACAUCAUUUGCAGACUAUAACUACUGGUUUGCAAAAAAUAUUUUUUACCCAAAUAGGUGAAAUUAGAUCAUCUCCCACGGCACACCAGACUGUAUCUCACGGCACACUAGUGUGCCGCGGCACAGUGGUUGAAAAACUCUGGUGUACCAGUUGAAAUGUGUGUGUGUGUGUGUGUGUGUCCUGAAAAACAGCUGGUGUUGCACUGUAACACAGUGUGUGUGUCUGGCGUAUGGCAUUCUCAUCGAAGAAAAAUGUUAAAUGAACUUCUCUCACUUCAUCAGACUUUGUGUGUGUGUGUGUGUGUGUGUGUGUGUGUGUGUGUGUGUGUGUGUGUGUGUGUGUGUGUGUGUGUGUGUGUGUGUGUGUGUGUGUGUGUGUGUGUGUGACCAGAAACAAAGGUCCCCUCUUGACAGUUUAGCCUGAUACGUCCCCAGUUGGUAAGAUUGGCGCGUGUGUGUGUGUGUGUGUGUGUAAGUUUGUGUGUGUGUGAGAGAGAGUAUACCAUACACUUCAGGGACCAGGAGUCAGGGCAAAGCCUGGUCCAACUGGACUGGAAAGGGCCGAGGGCCAGCUCCCUGAACACACCACCCUCUUUACACCUGUCACACACACAAAAACAGCUCACAGCCGUGCUGCUCAGCACAGGGUUCUCAUUGUAGCGGUGACAGGAGGGCGCCCGUUAAGUGGCUCUCUCUUCCUGUGUGUGUGUGUGUGUGUGUGUGCGUCAUAUAUUGUGUGUGUGUUUGUUGUUCCUCGCGUGGCUGUGGAUUGGAGAAAGGGCGAUGAAGGACCCCUACUGGUAAAGUGGGUAAACUUGCACAGCCACGACAUCUGUGCUCAUAGGAGGAGGAGGAGGAGGAGGGAGUGGAGAUAGACAGCGAGAGAGGAGGAGUAGGAAAAAGGAGAAGAGUGUGAAGGAGAGAGGGAGGGAGGGCAGGAGGAGAGAGAGAGCAGAGCCCCGGCGUUGAACAGUUGAGGAGAAAAUGCCUUGCUUUGUGGAGAGAAUCCUUCCAGGGCAGGAGGGAGAGGUGAGGCAGAGCAGGGAGGGCGGUCUGCUGCCAGCUGAAAGGAGUUUAUGCACUGAAACGACCUCAGGAAAACCCAAGAUGGCUGCCAAAAGGAAAGGCGGCCUAAAACUCAAUGCUAUCUGUGCCAAGCUGAGCCGCCAGGUGGUCUUUGACAGCAGCUCCCAGAACGCAGAAGGAGACCAGAGCGUGGCUGAAAACAGCGAGCGCGGCAGUUCCCACUACGACGACAACGACACCAACUUCCCCGAGAGCCUGAGUUUGAGUCAGAGCCUGGAGGAGGACCAGAAGAGGCGCGAGGCCAUUGAGAAGUGGGUGAACGGCGAGUACGGCGAGGAGCCACUGCCGCUGGGGUGCGGCGACGAGCAGGAGCACGAACUCAAAGACGCCAACGAUGAAGACAGCCCUCCCGUGGGGGUCUACAUGGUGCAGCCCAAAGGCUGCAGCGACGACGAGGACAACGGCGAGGAGGCGGAGCCCUUUGCGGGCUCUCAGGAUGGCAGCUACCACGACGACAAAGAUGCUGACGACGGGCCUUCAAAACCUGACGCCUACAUGCCACCGAGCGAGGCCCAGACCCGCCAAGCAUCUUUCUCCUCUCCAGGGGAAGCAUCUGCCCUCCGAGACUAUGCGGCCAACACGAUGAACGAGUUUUUGGGAAUGUUUGGCUAUGACGACCAUCAGAUGCGGGAUGAGCUGACCAAGAAGAUCAGCUUUGAGAAGCUCAAAGCCGCUACCUCAGAUCCCUCAUCCCUCAGUAGCGAGGAGGCCUCUCGCCGAGCCCGCUUCUCCAAGUACGAAGAGUACAUCCGCAAGCUUAAAAGCGGCGAGACCCUACCUUGGCCCAUGCAUGCUUCCCCACCCAAACCAGAUGACCUCAACUCAAAACUGUCCCAAGACAAAAGUCCAACCAUGCUUCAGACCUCCGGGUGCCUCCCAGGGACCGAGGCCCAGAUCUAUCCUACUAGUUUGGAUCACAAGCAGCAAGGAGCCCCAGCGGGUGCCGCACAACCAUCCAAUCCCUCUCACAUGCAGAACAUGGCCUCCCGGGCCUCCAAGUAUGACUUCUUCAUUCAGAAACUGAAAAUGGGUGAGAGCAUACAGCCCAAUGGUAAUGCUUUCAAACGACCCUCUAAGUAUGACCUGGAGAAUGUCAAGUUCCUGAACCUCUUUAAGCCAGGUGAGGGAAACCCCGACAUGGGUGGCGCCAUCGCCUUUAAGACUGGUAAAGUCGGCCGCCCUUCCAAGUAUGACAUCAGAACAAUCCAGAAGCUGAUGCCAGGAAACCCUGAAGGUUCCCUGAUGCCCAACAUCCUCGCAACCGCACCGGGGAACCCUGGAGCUCCCGGUGUUCCCACCAUGGGUGCCACUGGGGCCACCAUUGCACCGGGUCUCACCGUGGACCAGACAGGCCAUAUAAGCUUCACAGCUGACUACCUGAAGUCCAGCUUUUCCAAGACUGACUCCAUCACCACUGGCACCGUGUCCUCCGUUAAGAAUGGCCUGCCACCAGAUAAACCUGCCAGCGACGACGUCAACCUCUACCAGAAAUACAUCGCCAGGUUUUCUGGAAGUCAACACUGUGGACACGUGCACUGUGCCUACCAGUACAGGGAGCACUACCACUGCAUGGACCCUGAGUGUAACUACCAGGUGAGCAGGUUUACCAGUAAGCAGGAUGUAAUCAGGCACUACAACAUGCACAAGAAGAGGGACAACUCCCUGCAGCAUGGUUUCAUGCGCUUCAGCCCUCUGGAUGACUGCAGCGUCUACUACCACGGCUGCCACCUCAAUGGCAAAAGUACACAUUACCACUGCAUGCAGGUGGGCUGUAGCAAGGUGUACACCAGCACUUCCGAUGUCAUGACCCAUGAAAACUUCCACAAAAAGAACGCCCAGCUGAUCAAUGAUGGCUUCCAGAGGUUCCGUGCGACUGAGGACUGCGGCACAGUCGGGUGCCAGUUUUAUGGCCAGAAGACGACACACUUCCAUUGCAGACGCCCCGGCUGCACGUUCACCUUCAAGAACAAGUGUGAUAUCGAGAAGCACAAGAGCUACCACAUCAAGGAUGACGCCUAUGCCAAAGACGGCUUCAAGAAGUUCUACAAGUAUGAGGAGUGCAAGUACGAGGGCUGCGUGUACAGCAAAGCUACCAACCACUUCCACUGCAUCCGCUCGGGCUGCGGCUUCACCUUCACCUCCACCAGCCAGAUGACCUCCCACAAGCGCAAACACGAGCGCCGACACAUCCGCUCCUCCGGCGUCAUUGGCCUCUCUUCCACCUACCUGGUGCCAAAGGACGAGCCGGAGGAAUCCAGCAAUGACGACCUGAUGGACUUCUCGGCCAUCAGCAGCAAGAACUCCAGUCUGAGUGCCUCGCCCACCACCCAGCAGUCCAUCACUGUAUCCCACCUCAUGGCCACACCCACUACUGCUGUCUCCUCUUCCAUGUCGGCGGGCCUUACCCUUAAGCCCUCGCCCUCGCUACCCAGUGCGGGUCAGCGAAUGUCUAACCUGCUGUCACAGACCCUGCCCAGCAACAUGCCAGUGGCCCUCGCUCUGUCCAACAGCUCCAUGGCUGCUUCCAACCCCUUCUUCCCCAUCAUACCGAGAAUGCCUCUCCAGCCUCCUCCACAGGCGGCUGGCCUGGUAUCAGCUGUGUCAUCUGGGGCCCACUCUAUGCCCACUGACUCGCUGACUCAAGGCUGCUCCAUGGCGGGGACAGGAGGGCUCAUGGCGUCUACUCCGACCUCUUUCGCCACCUCCUCCAUUAUGGAGAAGAUCUCAGCCAGCAAAGGUCUGAUAUCACCUAUGAUGGCCAGGCUGGCUGCCGCUGCCCUGAAGCCUUGCAAUGGACAAGACACAGGGAGCGGGCAGCCGGCCUCAGUCAACCAGUUUAAUCUGGUUCAAGUGAAGCAGGAGCCAUUGGAAGCCACCUCGGGGGCCUCGCAGGAGUCUACACAAGAGCAGAGUUUGGACCUGAGUCGGAAAGAGAGCAGUAAUGAAUCAAAUGGACACGCUGUACCAGGGAAUGCAUCUCUUUUAUCCUCGCUUAUGAAUAAGAUGUCACAGGUGAACCCUGCUCUCUUCAACGCCAUGCAUCUGAAGACGGAGCUGGAGGCCGCUCAUGGCGGGCAUACCUCCGAGGCGGCCCAGCAGUACCUGAACCGAGCUCUGAAGAGACCCUUGGUUGACAAACCCAGUGAGAUCUGGAGGACUUACCUCCGCAGAUUUGACACAGAUGACUUCUGCGAGGCUCAGUGUGACUUCCUGCAGAAAGUGCACUUCCACUGUCUGGUGGAAGACUGCGGCGCUCUGUUCAGCACAGUGGAUGGAGCCAUAAAGCAUGCUAACUUUCACCUCAGAGCUACUCUGAAAGUGAAGUCGGAGCCUCCGUUCGGCGAGGGCAAGGUGUCCGGCGAGGGAGGUCCUCUGCGGCCCGCCGCGCCCGUCUCCAUGGCCAACAACCCCUCCAUGGACCUGGCUCACCUCCCACCCUCCGGAGGAUACAGCUCCCCUCCGCCCUCCCUUCUGGCUUGGAAGCAGCUGACUGGCAGCAUCCCUCAGAUGCCGGCCUCCAUGCCCAACCUGCCAGCCAACUCCCCUUUGGCCACCACUUCGCUGGAGAAUGCUAAGCCUCAAGUCAAGCCUGGUUUUCUGCAGUUCCAGGAGAAUGAUCCGUGUCUGGCAACGGACUGUAAAUACUCCAACAAGUUCCACUUCCACUGUUUGUUUGGAAAUUGCAAGUACGUGUGCAAGACCUCUGGCAAGGCCGAGUCCCACUGCUUGGACCACAUCAACCCCAACAACAACCUGGUCAACGUCCGGGACCAGUUCUCUUACUACUCCCUGCAGUGUCUAUGUCCCAACCAGCACUGCGAGUUCCGAAUGCGGGGCCACUAUCACUGUCUGCGGCCCGGCUGCUACUUCGUCACCAACAUCACCACCAAGCUUCCGUGGCACGUCAAGAAGCACGAGAAGGCCGAGCGCCGCGCCGCCAACGGCUUCAAAUACUUCACUAAGCGGGAGGAGUGCGGACGGCUGGGUUGUAAAUAUAACCAAGUCAACAGCCACUUUCACUGCAUCCGCGAGGGCUGCCAGUUCUCCUUCCUGCUCAAGCACCAGAUGACCUCGCACGCACGCAAACACAUGAGGCGGAUGCUCGGCAAGAAUUUUGAUCGAGUCCCGUCCCAGGUGAUGCCACUCGGCCAGAGGACAGAUGAGAUGCACGGCACGAUGUCGGGGCCCAUGGGGGCCCACUCUGACAUCACUUCCAGCUACUCCUCCGCCACCUUAGACGACGCAGAUGAUUACGUGGACUACAUGGGAGGCGGGGGAAGCCCCUUGGGGAUCUCAUCCGAGUCCUCCAACCAGGACCGCAGCUGCACCAGCACCCCCUUGGGCAAUGAGGGCUCCCCAGCAGGACAAGGCUACCCCACCACCACCUCUGCUCCCACCACCCCUGCUGACACUCCUCAAAACGCACCUCCUUCCUCACCUCCUCCAGCUCCUCCUCCUCCACCGCAGCUUCUACCUCCUCCUCUUUCCGUUCCUCAGGCCGGCCUGCAGGCCCAGGCCUCAUCCUUAUCUCCCGCUCUCCUCCGACAUCCCCUGCCCUCGCUCCCAUACCUCCUCGCUCCAUCCUGUCUGUCAUACUCUCUGCUCAGCACCUCUCUGGGAGCCACUCGGAGUGUUGUCAUGCCAACCAACACACCAGCUUUCAGCCCCAUCAUUGCCACUCCGUCUCCAGUUAAAAAUGACGUCCCUAUAGUGCAGGAUGCUGCAGGAAACACCAUCUCCAUCCCCACCGCCGCCGGAGCCAAGAAGCGCUUCUGGAUCAUCGAGGACAUGUCUCCGUUCGGCAAGCGGCGCAAGACGGCGUCUUCGCGCAAGAUGCUGGACGAGGGCAUGAUGCUGGAAGGCUUCCGUCGCUACGACCUGUACGAGAACUGCAAGGACUCGGGCUGCCAGUUCUCCCUGAAGGUGACGCACUACCACUGCACGCGCGAGAACUGCGGCUACAAGUUCUGCGGCCGCACACACAUGUACAAGCACGCCCAGCACCACGACCGCGUGGACAACCUGGUCCUGGACGACUUCAAGCGCUUCAAGUCCACGCUCAGCUGCAACUUCCCCGACUGCCAGUUCUCGGGCAACAGCACCCACUUCCACUGCCUGCGCUGCGGCUUCCGCUGCACCGACAGCACCAAGGUGACGGCGCACCGCAAGCAUCACGGCAAGCAGGACGUGAUCAGCGCCGCCGGCUUCUGUCAGUUCAGCUCCAGCGCCGACUGCGAGGUUCCCGACUGCAAGUAUAAGCUCAAGUGUUCCCACUUCCACUGCACCUUCCCCGAAUGUAAGCACACUGUGGUGGGAAUGUCCCAGAUGGACUCCCACAAGCGCAAGCACGAGAAGCAGGAGCGAGGCGAGCUGCCGCCCGUCUCACCCAAACAGGAAGGCGUGCACCACUUGGCCUCCCCCGCCGCUUCCGUGCUCCUCACCACGUCCUCGCCCGCCCGCCUCCACGGCCUGACCCACGCCAUCAACAGCAGCGCCCCUUCCAUGCUCUACUCCGCCGGCGCCGCCGACUACCACCACCACCCGUACCCGGCCCCCAUCAGCCUGGACAGCUCCCUCAACCUGGGCACGGACACCAGCGGCUCGCUCUUCUUCCUCAAGAACGCCGCCGGCCUGGGUCUCAACGACUCUCUGGACCUCAGCAAGAAGCUGCACCAGGAGGCGGCGCGGCGCACACCCGGCGUGCUGGCGGCUCAGGACGACACCACGGGAAUGUCUGGCGAGGCCGAGGACGACAUGUCGCCCGAAGAGGGGGUGCGGGCCGAGGAGGAAGAAGAAGAGGACGAGGAGGAGGAUGACGAGGAAGACCUCAACUCUGACUCCAACGACGAUUCGAUGGCGGAGCCCGACGGGGAGAAGGACAACGGGGAGAGUUUUCGUGCUUCCCUCAACCACGCUGACACUUCCCAACUGGAAAAACAAGACGGCGACCCGUGAUGGCGAACUCGGGCGGUCGUAGACGAGCGAGCGGGAAUGAAAGUGUUCUCGUUCAUCACGUUCGGGGACUUCACACGACAGCAGCCAGGACGAUAGGAAAGAGAAAAAAAAAAAAGAAAAGAAGAGGAAAAACACCACGGCCCAAAAAUGAUUUAUGAUGAUGUUUACAAGAUGACCAACAUUGUUAAUUCAAUUAUGCAUUCAAAAUAUGAACAGAGACACACAGAAUCAAACCGCCGUUUACACGCGGGUUGGGGGGUUGGGGGGGGGGGGGGGCCAUGUAAAGCAUCAGUCGUUUUGUGAGCGUGCAUGUUUGACUUUAAUUUAUUACUUUUUUAUUUUUCAUGUUUUUUGGUGUGGAGAAAAAAAAAAAAAAGAAGUCUCCCGAUAUAAGUAUCUAUGUACGUGUGUGUGCGUGCGUAUGUGUGUGUGCGUGUGUGUGUGUGCGUGAGCAUAGAAAAGGAACUUUGCAACAUGAACUGAAGGGCCGAGCGCACAUAUGAAAAAAAGAAAAAAAGGGAAGUGAAUCACUAAAGAGAAACAGGAUGUUUGAUUUUUUUUUUCUUUAUCAUUAUUAUCAUCAUUAUUAUUAUUAUUAUUAUUAUUAUUAUUAUUAUGAGACAGCAAGGGAGGGAGGGGUCACACGUUCCUCUCUCUAAGACAUUUUGGACUGUGGAUCUUUAGAGGCGUCGUCGUCGUCCUCGCUCUCUCGUGACAUUCUGCUAGUAAAGCCACCAAAAAAAAGCAGCCUGUGUAAUUUAAACCCCCCCCCCUCCCAAAAACAAAACAUGCCCCCCUCCCCUCCCCAAGGACCGCCGCCAUGUUGGCGGUGGAAACCAACUCCGUGUGUGGACAGUGCACUUUUCUACGAGCUGACCGUGACGCAUAUACAAAAGGCGGUGGAUGACUUGUGUUUAUUUUUGUUACCAUUUUGCAUCAUGUUGUUUUGUUGCCGUCAGUGAGACGCAUAUCAAUCCGUAAGCUGAUCCAUAGAAGAAGGGGGGCGGGGGGGCGGAUGUUUUGCGUCAGGGUGUGUAUUUAAUUUUGAAAAAAUGUACAGACCGAAAACUGCCUCAAACGGCGUUGUUUUUUUUUUUGUUUGUUUUUUUGUUUGUUUUUUGGGAGGGGGCCACUGUCACGGCUGUCAUAGUCGAGCUCCUGUUGUCACGCGUUUUAUUUAAUAUUUAUGUGACCUUACAAAAAAUGAGAAUUUCUAGGGUGUUAUUGCACUUUUUAGUUUCAUUUUUACCAGUCUGGGGAUUUAACAAAAAAAUAUAUAAGAUAUAUAUAUAUAUGUAUAUAUAUAUAUAUAUAUCUGUUAACAGGGAAUUUGCUUUAAAAGAUUGUUUUUAGUUCACUUUGCUUUAAUGCACAAAUAGAUGUUAGUGUGGAAAAAAAUAUUGUUUUGUGAUUUAUUUAAAAACAAAGAUAAGACUGUUUUUUGUUUUGCUUUCUUUUUGUCGAUGGGAAUAUUUGUUAGCAAGCGAACGGACGUGCCAGUUAAAUGGCAGGCGUGUGAGGAAACACUAAUAAGGACUGUGAUUUUAAUUUUUUUUUAAACUUGAUGGCGAUGCUCUUAUUGUCGUGCUAAAUUAUGAAUCUGUCGCUUUGGUUUGUUUUGAGAAAAUAUGUACGACUGAGGGGCGGACACACUGGUCAUAAAGUAUCUCCUGAGCUUGGCAUUGGAAAUAAAUAUUCAUCAUAUAGGGAAUAAAGAUGUGUGUAGGUGAUUUUGCUCCACAUAUUGUUUUGAGAAUAAAAAAAAAAAAAUUUAAAAAAAAAAGAGGUUGUACAGUAUUUUCCUCUGUAAAAACAGCAACAACAAUGAAAAAACGUAGAAAAGAAAAUGAGGAAAUUCUAAGGAAAAAAAAAAGACAAAUAAAAAAGCAGGAAUACAAAUAACGUCAUAGUUUGCGUGUGUGCGUGACAUUUUUUUAAUCAUCACAAAUUCAUAAGGAUUUCUAUAAUGUCAAAGCUGCAACACAGCGAUUGGAUCCAUGCAUUAAUGUGUCUUCUUUUAUUUCAAUAUUUCUUUCAUUUGUCAUUUCCGUGUGCUUUUUCCUUCCCCUGAUGAAUUGACUUUGUUUGCCGUGGACACGUCUCGUUCACCGGCUGUCUCCCGGGACUCUCUCGCCAAGCAGGGGAUCUUCCUCCACCCCUUCUCUCCUUUUUUUUGUCCCCUUUUGCUGACACAACUGUAGGCGCUGGGAGACAAUAAUCACUUGAAUUGACUUUCUACGUGUGCGUGUGUGUGUGUGUGUGUGUGUGUGUGUACGUGUGUGGCUGUACAAUUGCAGGACUUGUAAAAAGUUGGAAAUAAAGAAAGUAUAAUUAUAAUGACCACA